AAAGUUAAUUUUAAUAAGUGGCUUAAAGAAAAAUCAAUACCAAAUCUACCUCCACAGUCCAUUGUGGUUAUGGAUAAUGCAUCCUACCAUUCUGUGCAGAUUGAUAAGGCACCUACAAUGUCAAGUACAAAGUCAGAAAUGCAAUCUUGGAUAUCAAAAAAAGGACUUUCUUAUUUGCCGACGAUGGACGCCUCGCCACUGGUAAGGGCACAGUUGUUUGAAAUUAUUAAAGAACACAAACAGCCACCUGUAUAUGAAGCAGAUAUGAUGUUGGAAGAGAAUGGUCAUAAAGUGGUAAGGCUUCCACCUUACCAUUGUGACCUAAACCCCAUCGAACUCAUAUGGAGCGUAUUAAAAAGAAGGAUAGCUGAAAAAAACGUGGGUCAACAAGCUAAUAAUAUAGUACAAAUUACGGAAGAAGCUUUUGCUACUAUAACUCAGGAGGAAUGGAAGAAAGAAUGCGAGCAUGUAAUAAAAAUUGAAGAAAACUUCUACGCUGCUGGCCCAGCAGUUGACAAUGAAAUUGAUAAAUUCAUAAUCGAAGUAGGAGACGAUAGUGACAGUUCAGAUAGCAGUGACUAUGAGUAUGAGGAAAUGUCAGACGAAGAAUUCAAUGAACACAAUUAUUGUGGUAUUAUUAAAAGUAUGUUGUGGUAA